AGAAAUUUUGUUAAACUCUAUGCCUGUCAAAUUUGAUGGAGAUUGUCCAAUGGUUCCCAAUAGUGUAAUCUAUGUGGAGAGAGAGAAAGAGCGAGCAGAAGGGUGAUGCGAGGGAGAGCACGAGCGAUUGACUAUUAAAAAGGAUGAGGUUCAGAGGGGAUUGAAUGGGGAUGGACGAGGUUCUCCUUCCAAAGUCGUAAGAUCAAUUUUUGGAUUGCAUGUUCCGAUGGAACGUGGACUGACCAACAGCCUACAUUUAAUUAUUUAUGAGUAAUAAUAAUAUAUAUGGUUUGGUGGCGAUGGAGGGAGGGGGAUCUGGAAAAGGUUUGAUUCGCAUUUGCUUGAGAGAGGGGUACCAGUGGUUGGCGUGUUCGCGUUUUAUUAUUCUACAUGCUCCUGCUCCUGCUCCUGCUCCUGCUCCUGCGCCUGCCACUGCCAAGAGGAGUGAGUGGUCCCCUCCACCUCGGACAUCACCAUUGCAAUAGAUGCGCACACACUACUGCCUGUAUUCAUGUGUUGCUUGUAGAGAUAGAAAUAUCAAGGGACCAACCAGCCAACUGACGGGCACGGCAGUCGUCGUGAAUUGGUGGUUUAGGGUUUUGUGUGUUGAGGAUAGAUGCGUUUGUGGCGUGGGUGAGACAGAGCAAACAGAAAGGUGUGUUUGUGCGGGAUGGGUGCCACCCUUUCGAGCCUGACGGAGAACAGCGCAGGAGGAGGAGGAGGGCGGCCGCCUGGGCUGGGUGACAUACCAGAGAGUUGCGUUGCGGGCGUGUUGAAGUACCUGACCCCUCCUGAGAUUUGUAACCUGGCACGCCUCAACAGGGCCUUCAGGGCUGCCUCUUCCUCUGACUCUGUCUGGAACUCCAAACUUCCCCCCAAUUGGCAAUUUCUUCUGCAACUCCUCUCUACUCCUCAAACCCAAGCCCAAGCGCAAGCCCAAACCCAAGCCCCUGCCCCUGCCCCUGCCCCACUUACCGCAAAGAAGGAUAUCUUCGCCUUCCUCACUCGCCCCCUCCCCUUUGACAAUGGUACCAAGUUAGUAUGGCUGGAGAGAAAUACAGGUGCAGUUUGCUUGUCCAUUUCAGCAAAAGCCAUGUGCAUAACAGGAAUUGAGGAUCGCAGAUAUUGGAACUUGCUCCCUACUGAGGAAUCCAGGUUCCGUGUUGUGGCAUAUCUUCAGCAAAUUUGGUGGUUUGAAGUAGAUGGGCAACUGAAGUUUCGUCUUCCUGCAGGAUUGUACAAUCUAUCAUUCAGGGUACACCUGGGAAGACCUUCUAGAAGGUUGCGCCGGCGUGUUUGUAACUUUGAGCACACUCAUGGAUGGGAUUUAAAGCCUGUUCGUUUUGAACUAUCUACAGCAGAUGGGCAGCAAGAUUCAUGUGAGUGCUGUCUAGAUGGACAUGACAAGGAUAGUAUGGGGGGUUCUGCACGUGGAUGUUGGGUAGAUUAUCAGGUAGGUAAAUUCAUUGUCAGUGACUCAGAUUCUUGGACAGAAAUCAGAUUUUCUAUGAAACAAAUUGACUGCACGCAUUCCAAAGGAGGUCUUUGUGUAGAUUCUGUUUCCAUCAUUCCUAAUGACUGUAGGGGAUAAGAGUUUGACAACUUGUGGAGUAGGAGAGCAUUUUAAAAUAUUUGUGGGUGAUAAGAAAAAGUGAUCUAUCCAGAUGUGUGUAUAUGUGUGAUACACCAGUUCAUACUUGGGAAAAUGUUUUUGUUGUAAACCAUGUCCUAGGAUGAUUGUAGGAGAUUUUUGGCUUUCAGUAUGCAGCUUUCAGUAUGUUUUAUUUGAGA